AGCCAUUGAGGGCAACUGCUUGGUGCAGUGCCUGGCGGCAGAGUGUCAGGAUUUCGAAGGCCUUGUCAAUGAGGGCAAGCAAGUGGACAAGCAAGACAUUGAGUUCAGGAAUCAAAGGAGUCAAGUCGUUUGUGGACAUUGCGAACCAACAGCACAAUUCUGUGCCGAGAUCAGCAACAAGGUUCUUGAAUGAAUCGUUGACCAAGGGACCACACCAUGCCUGGACCCAUCGUGCAGGAUCAGGAUGGAACAUGAACCGGUCCUUGGUGUCGGCAAUGUCCUCAAGUUUCCGGCCACCAUCUUCCAUUGGGGCAGCUCGUGGCAUGAGGAUCGUCGUGGCCACUCCUGUGAAUGAAGGGAAGCAGGUUGACAUGGAGUUUGCGGAUGGCAGCGCCUAUCGCUUUCACACCGCUUGGAUCAAAGAUUCCCAUCCAAAUCUCACAGGGAAAGACUACUACAGAAAUUCCGCAUCAACGGUUUUUGAAACCGAUCAAUACAUGGUGGAUAAUGUGCAAACUGCUUCCAAUGGCUCGAUGAUUUCAGUGAACUUCAAGAAUCACCUUGAUGAGAAUGCAGUGACGGAGGAAUACCCAUCUGCUUGGUUGCAUGCUUUCGCGCCUUAUGUAGGCAGUCCUCUCAACCAGAAGUCAAAACCAAAACUCAACGGGUCCGGGCUGCCCGGCACUGGAUCUCUUUUGGAUGACAUGUACAAGAACAGAAAGCCUUGGGAUUCAAGUUUGCAGAUGCCAAGAUUCUGUGGGCAAGAAUUGCUGAAAGAUGAAGGCAUGCAAGUCAAGUUCUUGGAAGCCAUGAUGGAUCCAGGUGUUGCUGUGAUCACAGAUGUGGGCAAGCCCAAAAGUUUUGAGCACAAGGAUUGUGGCCAGCCACUUGAGGACUUUAUGUUCAAUGUUCUGGGGCGGCCAAAUCAGCAUCCAGUACGUGCGACACGCUUCGGUGUGAUCCAUACACAAGCACGUGGUGAGCAAGCUGGUGCUGACUAUGACCAGAAGAACCCGCUCUCAAUGCACACAGAUCACUCUGUGUAUCAUGGCACUCCUGGUUACUUGCAGUUCAUGUACCAAGCCCGUGGUUCGGUGAAAUCCAAAGUUUGCGACGGCUUGGCUUUGGCCGAGUAUCUUCGGGAGCAUCAUCCAAAGGACUUUGAAAUGCUCUCUCACAUCAACAUGACUCACGCCACAAGAAACAGCAUCUAUGCCAAGAAUGGUGAGUACCGCCGAGACUCAAAUGCAGAGGGGUUCAGUUUCGAGCUAGUUCACACUCACCCGGUGUUGACCAUGGAUGAAGAUGGCAAAUUGCUCAAGGUGGUGCAGUCAGAGACCAAACGUGGUGUCUCGGCUCUUCCUUUUGAGUCAUAUGAGCGAUACAUGAAUGCUUACAAGAGAUGGGCUUCUUUGUGCGAGGAAGACAGAUUCAAAUGUACAUUCGAUUGGCCAGAGCAUUCGAUGGUUGCAAUCAACAACUGGCGCGUUUUGCAUGGCCGUGCGGAGGUUUCUGAGGGGCAGCAGCGAACGAUGGUGUUUGCGUACGUGAUGAAGACCAUCUACGAGAAUCGCCACCGCCUCCUCAAGCAACGGCAGGCUGAGAAGAAGAACCCUGAGCUGAACGACAAGUGGCUCACCCGCCUGCCAAAUCAAGUCCUGACCUCCUUGGUGAAUUGAUUACAUCACAUACUGUACUUCGUGAAUUGAUUGGCUUUUUCCGUACGCAUGCCCUAAUUUCGAAUGAAUUGGACGUUAAGCCGUACGCACCUGCCUCAACUUUGAAAGAGUUGGGCUUGCCAGUUCCUCUUCCCGGGCGACGGCAGUGGCUGGGGCUUCUCGUUGAUGUUCACAUUCUUUGUUUGCAAUCAAUUGGUUGAAUCAAUCCUUCGCGUGUGUUAUGUUGUUCGUUGAAGUUGUUGCAUUUUUUCCACAAAGCCUAGCAGAUAUGAUCGGGUUUCACAAUGUUUUGACCUUAUAUACCAGCAGUGGUCGGGAA